UGAAGAGUCAUACCUCACACACCACCGGCAGACGGCUCAGUGACAACCCGAAGACAGCGUACACAUGUCGGACAAGAAGCAGCCAGUGGACCUCGGCCUCCUGGAGGAGGACGACGAGUUUGAGGAGUUCCCAGCGGAGGACUGGACCGGGCUGGACGAGGACGAGGAUGCUCAUGUGUGGGAGGACAACUGGGAUGACGACAACGUGGAGGAUGACUUCUCCAAUCAGCUCAGGGCUGAGCUGGAGAAGCACGGGUACAAAAUGGAGACGUCCUAGCACCAUCCCAGUGCACACGGAGGGGACUGAAUCUGAUUAUUACUGUUGAGAUGUUAUGACACUUUUCUGAACAUGUUUUGGUUUAAUUUUUGUAAUAAAUAUUGUAAAGUUC